AUAAAAUUGUGUUAUCUAACCAAGGAAGUAGCCACCACUUUCUGAGACUUCCCUCUGCACUUCUCCAUCACUCUUUCACUCUUCACACCAUGGAUUUGCUCUCAAUUUCUCCCUCUCACCCUUCACCUUCCCUUCGCACCCUUUCCCAAAACCCUAAACUUCCCAUUUCCUCUUUCGCCCCAAAGCCCUCUUUCUCAUUUUCGCGCUUUUCCAAACCCAUUAAAACCCCACCACGAUGCGGCGUCUCGGCCUCGCCAAUUUCCUCUAAAAGCCUAAACUUUGGGUCCGACUCUCCAAACCCAAGUCUCUCUUUCCAGCUAUCCGCGCCGCAGACGCCGGCGACGGCCGCGAGAGGGGCGGAUGGCGACGUGAUGGGGUUGUUGCUGAGGGAGAGAAUCGUAUUCCUUGGGAGCAGCAUCGAUGACUUUGUGGCUGAUGCUGUUAUGAGUCAGUUGCUUCUGUUGGAUGCCCAAGACCCCACUAAGGAUAUAAAGCUGUUUAUUAAUUCUACUGGGGGUUCUCUCAGUGCUACAAUGGCUAUCUAUGACGCCGUACAGCUUGUGAGGGCCGAUGUUUCCACGGUUGCACUUGGAAUUUCAGCAUCAACAGCUUCUGUUAUCCUCGGUGGUGGCACCAAAGGCAAGCGCUUUGCUAUGCCAAAUACACGAAUUAUGAUUCACCAACCUCUGGGAGGUGCUAGUGGACAAGCUAUAGAUGUAGAAAUUCAGGCUAAUGAAGUUAUGCACAACAAGAAUAAUAUCACAAGAAUUAUAGCAGGUUUCACUGGACGCUCAUUUGAGCAAGUACAGAAAGAUAUUGAUAGGGAUAAAUAUAUGUCUCCAAUUGAAGCAGUUGAGUAUGGAAUUAUUGAUGGUGUAAUCGAUAGAGAUAGAAUUAUUCCUCUCAUGCCAGUGCCAGAAAGGGUGAAAUCAACACUAAACUAUGAAGAAAUAAGUAAAGACCCAAAGAAAUUCCUAAACCCAGAAAUUCCUGAUGAUGAGAUAUACUAGCUAUCCUUGAAUUCAAUGUUACGCUGAUAGCAGUAUACAACAUUUUGGGUGAAGCUUCAGCAUGCUGUAACAAACCCUCAAAAGUGUAGGAUUUGCAUUUUUAAUUUAUGUGUGGGUGAGUGAAAAAUUACUGUUCUGUUAUGGAGAAUUUUGUUGGUUAUCAUUAGCUCUAUUAUUUCUUCGUUAAAUCAACUACUGCCAUUUUUUAUUAUUUUUUAAAA